AUGGCUCCCUCUGCUAUCCCAUCCCAGGACGUCGACCUGACCGCCGCCAACAUCCAGGUCAAGGAGGCCACUCAGCCCGUCAAGCCCAGCAAUGGAACUACUCCUGCUCCCCUCGAUGCCUCCAAGCUCACCUACACCUACACCAAGAACCCUCAGCCCGUGCUAGAUGAUGCUACUGCCAACUCCCUUUCCCAGACCAUCUGCACCGACCACAUGGUCACCGUCAAUUGGACUGCCUCUGAGGGCUGGGCCACUCCCGAGCUCAAGCCCUACGGUCCCCUGAGCCUCAUGCCCACUGCUUCGGUCCUCCACUAUGCCACCGAGUGCUUCGAGGGCCUCAAGGCCUACCGUGGUUACGACGGAAAGCUGCGCGUCUUCCGUCCCGACUGCAACUGUGCCCGUAUGCACCUGUCCGCCGGCCGUAUCUCCCUGCCUCUGUUUGAGCCUGCCGAGCUGGAGAAGCUCAUCAUUGCCCUGCUGUCCGUCGAUGGUCCCCGCUGGCUGCCCCGCGACCAGCCCGGCCGCUACCUGUACAUCCGUCCCACUCUGAUCGGAACCCAGUCCCAGCUCGGUGUCCAGGCUCCUAAGGAGGCCAUGCUGUACAUCAUCGUCACCUACAUGCCCAAGCUCGACAGCCCCCCCGGCGGCAUGCGCCUGCACACCUCUCCCGAGGAUAUGGUCCGCGCCUGGGUCGGUGGCUUUGGCUAUGCCAAGGUCGGUGCCAACUACGGCCCUAGUCUGGCUGCCACCUCCGAGGCCCGUAGCCGCGGCUACCACCAAAUCCUGUGGCUGUAUGGCAAGGACGGCGAGUGUACCGAGGCCGGCGCCAGCAACUUCUUCGUUGUCUGGAAGCGCAAGGACGGCAAGAAGGAGCUCAUCACUGCCCCUCUGGACGACAAGCUGAUCCUGGACGGAGUCACUCGCCGAAGCAUCCUGGAGCUGGCUCGUGAGCGCCUGAGCGACGAGCUGGAGAUUACUGAGCGCAAGUACACCAUUGACGAGGUCAUUGAGGCUGACGCUGAGGGACGCCUGAUCGAGUCCUUUGCUGCUGGAACUGCCUACUUUGUGUGCCCCAUCUCGGCCAUCCACCACCGCGGCAAGGACAUCAAUAUCCCCAUGGGCCCCGAGAACCAGCCCAACGUCUACACCUCCAAGAUCAAGACUUGGAUCGGUGACAUUAUGUACGGAAACGUCAACCACAAGUGGGGCGUUGUCAUCCCUGAGAAGGAGCAGUAA